CAUGAUGUCGUCAUUUUGGUCAUGUGAUCGGGCCAGACCGGAGCCAUCGGGCAGCCCAGGAACCUGGCAGAGAACCGAGACGCGAUAGAGGGAAAGAGAAAAGGAGAGGCUUCCGGGCGGGCACCGCUCACAUGAUAUGGUCGUGAGUGCUCGGCUGAUAUUAUCAGAAGGAUAGAAGAGCCCGGAACCACAUCAUCGUUUUAUUUUUUACUGGAAUUUUUGAACAGAUAAAAGACUCUUUUGUGACAGAGUUUAACUAUGGCUAGCCGAGGAGGUGCCACCAGACCCAACGGACCAAACGCUGGGAAUAAAAUCUGUCAGUUCAAGCUUGUCCUUUUGGGAGAGUCUGCUGUUGGGAAGUCCAGCCUGGUUCUCCGCUUUGUAAAGGGACAGUUUCAUGAAUUCCAAGAGAGCACAAUUGGAGCUGCUUUCCUAACCCAGACUGUCUGUCUUGAUGACACAACAGUGAAAUUUGAAAUUUGGGACACAGCUGGCCAGGAAAGAUAUCAUAGUUUAGCUCCAAUGUACUACAGGGGUGCCCAAGCUGCAAUAGUUGUAUAUGACAUCACAAAUGAGGAGUCAUUUGCCAGAGCAAAAAACUGGGUUAAAGAGCUCCAGAGACAAGCAAGCCUCAACAUUGUUAUAGCUUUAUCUGGUAACAAGGCAGAUUUGGCCUCCAAGCGAGCUGUGGACUUCCAAGAAGCGCAGGCUUAUGCUGAUGAUAACAGUUUGUUGUUCAUGGAGACAUCUGCCAAGACAUCGGUGAACGUGAAUGAAAUAUUCAUGGCAAUAGCCAAAAAGCUUCCGAAGACGGAACCACAGACUGGAGGCGGAAACACCGUAAGAGGAAGAGGAGUAGAUCUUACCGAGACUGCACAACCUAGCAAAAGUCAAUGCUGUAGUAACUAACCUUUAUGUCUCACACAACCUGUAUUGAUAUUCUCUUGCUUCCUAAUUGUUAAUAACAAUUGAGUGUUUAACCUUUUCUUGGCUUUUGAGCCAGCCCUUCAGUGCGACGCGUUGCGAUUCCCUUUUGGGAGUGAGUUAAUCUUGGCCCAAUGAAAUGUAAAAACAAAAAAUCUUGCUAAGUCGUUUCAUCACUUACACUGAAUUCCUUUACUGCUGAAUCUGGUUUUUAACACGCAUGCGUUACUUUCUGUAAAGCGUUCCGUUGCAGUAGGCUGGGAAAGCGUACUGACCUAUUAAACCAUCAUCUCUAAGAUAUAAAAAGAAACUAAUUUCAACUGUAGUGAGCAUUAUCAAACAUUUGACUUGCUUAACGCUUGAAGUGCUAGAGGACUGAUAAGGUCUUUGAAAUUUAAAUUUCUUUCUACUGUCCCUUGAUGUCCUAACUCUGUCCUUGGGUGAGUUGAUGGUCCUCCCAGUGGCACAUCCAUUAAACCGUAAUGGGGAAAUUGCAGUGAUUUAUAACCCCCAGUGGAAUUUUUUUUUUUUUUUAAAAAGGUUUUGUUUUAAGUUGUUACUUUUUUAAUGCUAUUAGAAGCAGGGUAUAAAACCUUUUUUUGCAUUAUUCAUUCAAACCACCUUUAAUACAACACAGCCCAAAUAUACAUUCCACUUAAUUUACCUGUUGAAUUACUGUUCACCAACUUUCACAAGAAAAUGGCAACUGCAGUUGUUUCUUCCACUUUGAUUUUCUUUUUAUGGUAAAACUACAACAUGGAAAUCAUGUUAAUAUGAAAUCCUAUGGACAAAUAUUCAGUGAUGAAUUUGAGAUGUAAUUUGUUUUCCACAUCCAUGGUACAGUGGCAUCCUAGUAUUGGUUUUAUGGUGUUAUGGGGAUUUUCUUUUUCAUCUUGCUCAACAAAAUACAACCUCUCCAUGAUCUAACAAUCAUGUACUCCAUUUAGUUAUAAAAUCAGAUGGUAAAUUGUAUUGUAAAUAGGGUACUGAAUUGUAGUCUUCAUUUAUGUUUAAUAUGUCCUGUUUGUAAGAUUUUGGUUAAAAUUGUACAGUUACUAAAAUGAUGAAAUAAAAAACGCUAAUGUUUUUCUUCUAUCCUGAUUUACAUGGCUACCUGCAUUUCAUUUUAACACUGUAACAAUUGAUUUGCUAUGUGUAUUAAAGAAAGGUGUAACAUUUAAGGGUUUAAAUGUGUUGAAAAAAAAAUGUAUAAUCCUUCACAGAACUGAACCAUUUUUGCAGGCAUUAAACUAAAAGAACAGAUAUGAUUUAAAGCUUUGAUUCAGUCUCAAGUUUAUUGCUGAUGGAAUAUUUUUAAGUAAGAAUAAAAUUCUUAAAUUAC